CUAGCAAAGAAGAGUGGACUACAAUCGUAUUGGAUUGGCGCAAAGAAGACUUCUGAUGACGGUGACCAGAAAAAGGGUUGGAAAUGGCCUAAUGAUGAACCGGUGAAGUUUUUCAAUUGGUUGCUUACUCAACCGAAUGGCUGUUGUGGUAAGAAUGUGACCUGUAUUAUUGUCUAUUCUAAAUACUCUACGGGUAUCUGGGACGAUGUGGGAUGUGACAACCCACAGCAAAUGCCCGAUGGAGUCGUCUGCAAGAAAACACCCACUUAA